CUUUUAGAAUUUUAACACAAAAUAAUGUUAACUUGUUUUUCCUGUUUCUUUAGUCCUAAUAUCUUCACUUUAAAAACAAUCAGGCAUCCAUCUGUUUUGAAAUGAAUUACUCUUAACAACUAAUCUAUUCAACAUGUACAGUAUAUUUUGAAAUAGUUCCAGAUUUUAAAAAAAGUGCUCAUUUUCAAUGAUUCUUCAUAUGUAACUAUUUUAGGGGGUUGGGUUUUGACUUAGUUUAUUUUUUCCAGUUUAAACUAAAAUUUUAAGAGUUCUACACACCAACUGACACUGUUUGAGCUUAAAGUAUUUAAAGGGAGAAGGACAUUCAGGGAAGAACAUCUGAGGCAGAAGCUUGCUAUUUUACAGUCACACAUCAUUCAAAAGAAAAACUUUGUAUUCUUUCAGUAUGAACUAUGACUUUUCCAAAAUACUACGUUCCUGUUUUUGCUCAUUUUGAUCAAAUUUUCUUGAACCAAGCAGAAGUCCAAGCAUCUGGCAUCAGGCUUCAUCACCUGCUGUGUUUUGGGAUCAUUUGUUUCCUCCUGUGUGCCAUCAUCAACGUUGCCAUCACUUACUUCGCCAUGGAAACAAAGAAACUGAAGCUGAAUCUCAGUGACCUGGAAGCAAAAAAUGAGCAACUGACUUUGGAGAAGAGAGAUUUCCAAAACCAGACUGAAGAUCUGAGGAUGAACAUGACAAAACUACAAAACCAGAACGAGCAGCUGAGAAACAACAGUGACAAACUCAACAAGAUCCUGGCAGCAAUCAUCAGUUAUCCCAACUUUGAUAUCUUUUGCCCAAAUAGAGUUUGUCAUAAGUGUCCCAAAGACUGGAUUCAGUUUCAGGAAAGCUGCUAUUUUUUUCAUAACUUAAACUCUCCGUGGAAAACAUGGGACGAAAGCCGACAGUUUUGUCAAAGCAUGAAGUCAGACCUGGUGGUUAUCAGCAGUCUUGAGGAACAGACAUUCAUUAAAAACACAAUCAAAUACUACUAUGACACCUGGCACGGAUACUGGAUUGGUUUACAAAAAGUGAACAACAACUGGAUCUGGGUGGAUGGCAGUCCAGACACAAUUGGGUACUGGAACAACCCAGAGAGCUCAGAAAAUUUUGCACUUAUAAUCCAAAAUGCAACUUUGACCCAGAGCUGGUACAUAACCAUAAAUGGCUUUCGGAACAGAUUCAUCUGUGAGAUUAAAGCUUUAAUUUUCUGAUUAGUUCAACUGAACUUUUUUCCUGCUACUGUGUUUCUUCUGUGUUUAAUUUUUCGUUUUUUAGUUGAAAGGGGAUAUGUUAUAAACCUCAAUAUCAUGAUUAAAAUUGUUACAAUCAAGCCUCAAAUCUCAGAAUAUUAGCUUUAAAAUGUCUGCAGCUCUGGGUUGUUGCAUGACCCAACUUUGACCUCCUGAUCUCCUAAAAACAAACCCUGACCAGCCCACACUGCACUAGAGAACAGGGAGGCUUGUUGUUUGUCAUCUUCAUUUUGGCCAAAAGUCAAAGUUCUGUGGUUCUGCUUUCCACUAACUUCAUGAUCUUCUGUCAUUUUGGAUGGAAUGGAAUGGAAACAAGUUUAUUUCGAAUAUAUAUAUUAAAAAACAAAAACAAAAGAAAAACACAUAAAAAAAUGUAAUAAAAAAAAAAACAGAGAAUAUAAAGGAAACGUUCAUGCUCAAGAACCGUUAUAAACACAAACAGAAUUUUUUUUCUUUUUUCUUCCAUAUAUGAACACAUAUAUUACAAUCAAUUAUACAAUUAUACAUAUUCGAAAAGGAGUGAGAAGAAGUAUAAACUUAUAUAAACUCACCCCCUAUUCCUCAUCAAUAUUAAUUACAUUAAUUAGCAAGCAGCUUCUUUAUUUAUAUACAAUGUUUCAUAAGGUAUAAUAAUUUUCACAGAGUACUGUCCUAAAUACUGAGCAUGAUUUAUUAUUGAAAAAUACUAUGGGCAUAUUAAGAUAAGAAUAAUAUACACAUACAUAUUUUUACAUCUGUAUACAUACAUACAUAUAUACAUCUAAUAUC